UUCUCGGCUGAGACGUCGGCUGGACGAUUCCAGCGGAUAUCGUUGUUACAAGAAAUGCACAUUUCUACAGCGAAGUAGUUUUUUUUAAUCAUCUGAAGUGGUAAUGGAUCUCCCGUGUCCGGGGUGGAUAAAAUAUGUUGAGCAGAAAUGGACUCGGCUUGAAUCCACGACAACAGAGCGCUUUUCUUCCUGCACUGACAUAGAUGAGCUUUUCCACUUUGGACUGUCACAACUACAGCCAGAGGAUCUUGAAACAUUGUCGAGAAUAUCUGAGAAGUAUCCUGUGAAGAAAUCGUCUGAAUGUGCAGCAAGAUUUAGGGAACAAGGGAAUGUCUUCUUUAAAGAGAAGGACUACGCUUCUGCUGCCUUAUGUUACACUCAGGGUGUGUGUCAUGCUGAAAAGAAUACAGAACAGGUGUCUUUAUGCUAUGCAAAUCGUUCAGCUGCUUUGUUUCAUCUUGAUCUCUACACUAAAUGCCUGGAGGACAUCCAGAGGGCCUUUGAUGAAGGUUACCCAUGUCAGCUGCAGAGCAAACUGGUGGACAGACGGGCACAGUGUACACGCCUGGUUAAAAUGCAGGAAUAUAUGAAAGCAUCUCCUUCUAACCAUCAGACACUACAAACAAAUGACAAGGAUAGUAAUACCAGUGUGUCAUCUGCUGUAUCUGUUCACUUUACUCCUGAAAAGGGACGGCACCUGCUGGCCACUGAGAAAAAGACUACAGGGGAAGUAGUGAUUGAAGAUGAGGCCUUCAGCUUUGUUGUUAUACCAGUCAAUGGGCAGGACAAGAUGAGUGGCAAAGCCAAUAUAAUUACAUCAGGACCCCAACACUGCCAUCACUGUUUGUGUGAAAAUUUAAAUGCUGUACCUUGUCGGGGUUGUAGCUAUGCCCAGUACUGUGGACAGAGCUGUGAAACAAAGGCAUGGAAUCAGUACCACUGCUGGGAGUGUUCAAUUGGUUCUGAGCUACUGGCUUUUGGGGUGUUUGCGCAUUUGGCUCUAAGAGUGGCCCUAAAAGCAGGGAUAAACGAGGUUCGGCGGGCAAGAGAGAGUUGUUUUAACUUGGUUUAUGAAGUGCCAAAAGCAAACUUUGUCAGCAGUAAGGAGAAUUCUGUAAAUGACCAGCUUUGUACCACAGAUGAAACAUCUGAGAGUUUGGGCUUGGUGUUAGAACUGAAUGGAUCUCAAACGUCUAAGUGCUCUCAGAGUUCUAAUCAUUCAAGCUGUUACCAUGGAAAGUCAUACCUGGGCAUCUAUAGUCUAUUACCGCAGGUAGGGAAACAUAACCCUAACCUGCGCUUCCUGUUAUCUUUCACAAUGGCUGCACUCAUUCAGAGACUUUCACUUGAAGCGCCACCAACCCAUGAUCAGGAAGGGAGUAUUUGCUAUGGGUCUGAGAAGAGACUGCUAGGAGCUACAGCUCUGAGACACAUGAUGCAACUAAGAUGUAAUGCACAGGCUGUGACUGCAAUCAAAGGCAAAGAGGAUACCAGCCUACCAGUGCAAUCCAUUAAAGAAUUCCGCAUUGCCACUGCAAUUUUCCCUGUCCUCAGUCUGCUUAACCACUCUUGUAAGCCUAACACGAGCAUAUCUUUUGGUGUGGGCCUCAGUUCAUCUGGCUCUAGCAAUCCAGUGCAUUUUGCUUCAGGAGUUACAGUCACAGUUCGAGCAUGCAGAGACAUUUCUGCAGGCCAGGAGCUGUUGCACUGUUACGGUCCUCACAGUAGCAGGAUGGAUGUUGAGAAGCGCCAGCACCUGCUGCUGAGGCAGUACUUCUUCCACUGUAAAUGUGAGGCUUGUGAGCUGGAGCUAGCUGAUAAAAGCAGCAGAUUACCAUUAACCUUUAAUGGUCUUAAAUGUGAAAAAUGUGGAAGCCUUCUUAAGAUGACUCUGGAUGUUCAUGUGUGUUCACGGUUGUCUUGUGAUCACCAAAUCUUAAAUACAGAGUUGCAGAGAAGAAUUCAAAUGCUACAGCACCGCUUGGAGCAAGCAUUAGAACUCAUGGAUAACCAUGAAAUAAAUGGUGCCCUACGUAUCUUGGAGAAAGCAUCCAGUGUGGCUGACAAUAUCUUAAUGAAGACGCACCCUCUGCAUGGUGAACUAUCUGAUGCAAUGGCCCGAGCAUAUGCCACCAUGGGGUUUUGGAGGCAGGCUGCAGUGCAUUUAAAAAGUAGUACUGCUGCUAUUUGUUCCAUGUAUGGGAAGGACAGUGUGGAGCUUGGAAGACAGCAGUUUAAACUUGCCCAGCUGCAUUUCAAUGGAGGAGAUGGUCCAUCUGCUCUUUCUGUGAUACCUUUAGCCAAGCACAUCCUCUCCCUCCACUGUGACCCUCUUUGUCAGGAGCUUCAGGAGCUUCAGGCUAUGGAGACCUGCCUAUGUGGCACAAUGUGAUGUCCAAUCCUGCCUCUGGUAGCAUAACAGAAUAUUUAAGAUGGUGAGAUAAUUGAUAUUUUACUGUGAAUAUUUUGAUUUUCAAUCAGGUCUAAUCAACGGACAAGACUGUUUUAUCUGUAUUAUGUCACAUUUCAAAGAUCUCAUUCUUUUGGUUAACCAGUGAUUCCAUGUAGGACAGACAAUGCAGUGGGCUCUUUAGAAAAUGGGAGUGAUUGUGUUAUUAUUAAGUGGUACAUAAGUUUAAAUGUAUCUUAAUUAAAAAAAAAAGCCAACCAAGAUGUUGUACAAAUGGCAUAUGAUUCAGUAUUUUAAUAAAUACCAUUUUCAUCCAA